UCUCGGGAAGGCAAGAUGGCGACCCCUAUGCACAGGCUGAUCGCUCGCAGGCAGGCGGAAGCCAAUAAACAGCAUGUUCGAUGUCAAAAAUGUUUAGAAUAUGGGCACUGGACCUACGAGUGUACUGGAAAACGGAAGUAUCUACACAGACCAUCGCGAACCGCGCAGUUAAAGAAGACUUUAAAAGACAAACAAAAUAAACUAGCAUUGCCAACAAGCGGACAAGGAAAUACGGAAAAGAAGAUAAAGAAGAAAAGGUCCCAGAGCAUCAGCAGCAGCAGCAGCAGUACUUCAACCGACUCUUCAUCAGACAGUGAAACAUCAUCCAACUCCUCGACAUCAGGAAGCAGCAGCAGCGACGAAGACAGUUCGUCAACCGACAGCUCCUCGUCUUCCUCAACUUCUUCAUCAAGUGAAACUUCAUCUUCGGAUUCCGACUCUGACUCUAGUUCCAGCAGCAGUAUGAGCAGCUCGGAUGAGGAACCACCAAAAAAGAGGCUGAAAUCGUGACUGUACUCUCUCGAUCUCGAUCUCGAUCUAAGCUGGUCUGCAAGCAUCCCUUCAAUUUGAUACAGUAUCUUUUUAAGGUAACUAAUUAAAAAAGAAACUAGCUCCUUAUAAGAAGAAUCCACAUAGACAAAUUAUGAAUCAAAUGUGAAGUGUAUGCCUAAUGUUUGUGACCUUCAAAUGUGCCUGUCUGCAAAUUUAAUCUUUGGUCCAUUUCUUUUACAGUGAAUAUUGUCCUUUUUUAAAUGUAGUGCACAGUAAUUUUUCGUUAGGCAGAUUCUUAUGUUAAUGGGUCAGCAUGCAAAUGUUUAAGCAGUCAUGGUACUCCAACAAUGGGGAAAUGCACAUUUGGUAAAACUGAAAAUGUCCCAGUAAAUGCCGGGGAUACCUGACUCAAAAUAUCUAUUUAGCCUCAUUUUUCCCCACCUCUCAAAUUUUCCAUUUCUUCCCUCCCAAAUAUCAGGAUUAUUUAUCCUCACCUAUUCAUGCAGCUAUAGCCUGCAGAUUCACUGCCAUUUGUUAGCAUAUUCUAUAUAGCAAUGAGCCUGUGUGUAUAUUUUUACAA